AUGGCUGGAAUCGUUGUAGUUUUUGAUUUUGACAAAAACUAUCAUCGACUGUGUGAUAGUGAUAACUGGGGUGAUGAGUUGGGUUUUACCGACUUGUUCAACCAGCUUCUUCCUACCAUGCCGUGGAAUUCUCUCAUGGAUAGGAUGAUGAAGGAGCUUCACGCACAAGGAAAAACCAUCGAUGACAUUGCUGAGGUACUGAAACGGACUCCUAUACAUCCUAGGAUCGUCCCAGCUAUUAAAGCAGCUAAUGCUUUAGGAUGUGAACUCAGAAUCGUAAGUGAUGCAAACUUGUUCUUCAUUGAGACAAUUUUGGAGCAUCUUGGAUUGAAGGAAUAUUUCUCUGAGAUCAACACCAACCCCGGCUUUGUUGAUGAAGAAGGAAGGCUGAGGAUCUUCCCUUACCAUGAUUUCACCAAGUGUUCACAUGGCUGCAACCUCUGCCCCCCUAAUAUGUGCAAGGGGAUGGUCAUUGAAAGGAUUCAAGCUUCUUUAGAGGGGAAGAAAAAAAUUAUCUACCUUGGAGAUGGUAGCGGGGAUUACUGUCCAAGCCUAAAGCUUGGAGAGGCAGAUUACAUGAUGCCAAGGAAGAAUUUCCCAGUGUGGGAGUUGAUUUGCAGGAACCCUAUGCUCAUCAAGGCUGAGAUUCAUGAAUGGUCUGACGGUGAAGAGCUUGAACGCCUUUUGCUGCAAAUAAUCAACAUGAUAUCUGUAGAAGAAAACAAAGGCAGCUCUGCCCAACGGAUCUCUGUUGACUGCAAACUGCAAACCAUUUCAGCAUCUACCCAUGAGGCCCUGCCUCAAGCCCUGCCGGUUCCUCAGUAGAGAAAUUGUUGGACAGAUGCCAAUGCUCAUCGAAUUACUGCUGAGUUGCUUAUAGGGUUUUGAUUGUCAGGCCUUAUGCAUUUUCUAUAAAGAAAAGUGUGUUUGAAAUAACUGUAAAUAAAUUUUUCCAAAGAAAAUAUGACUGGAAAAUUGUUUCCAAAUUAAAUUCAUCAAUUCUGUUAAGAGAUGUAAUGGCUCUAUUAUUAUGCCAUAUGUGCCAAUCCAUUGGUGACAAUCAUAAAACCAA